AUGGGAUUAGCGACUGCUGACACCAAGACAGUGGCAAACGAGCCUUCGCAUCAGACUCAUUCGUCUUUUUCCUUCACUAUGAAGCUUCUCUCAAUUGUAGUAGUUGUGCUCGCAGCUACUGGCGGAUGGUUUGUUCGCCAACGCGAGGAUUUUGAUGACGUAGUGCUGAAUAUACUUAGAGAUACAAAGUUGUUAUCUCACGUACCGUCCAGCUUCUUCGAAAUGAUUGACGUGUUGCCGUAUAAGUACGAGAGUGAUGUAGUGGCUUUGGAAGUGCGCCAUUUAGUGAGUAAGUUCUCGUGCAAUGAUUCAGACUACAUGGCUUCGCCUUUAUUUGACGGCAAAGUCUUCCCUGUCACUGAUCCUAUGGAAGCGGAUACGCCAAUGGCCGAUGAUCGAGUGUUUUUCAUGCUUAACGGUGCGAAUGUCGGUACUUAUAUUUCCUGGAACGGCGACUUUAACUGCAUUGGGCAGGCAGCUGAAUUGGCUGCAGUGCGACUCGGAGCGGACCGAGACGUGAUAGUGAAUGGUGUACGGCUGUACAGUCAAUUGGGUUGGCCUGUUCGUAAUGAAAAUGACUUGCACAAGACAAAAAACAUUGUUCAUGUGUUACUGGACUUUCAAUUGUGGCAAUGGCCAGGUAUCAAAAAGGGGUACAAGUACCUGUUGGAAAACGGUGUGACGUUGACGAUGGUAGGGAUCAAUCCCAAAGUGUUUGAUGUCGAGUACUUUUUCACUCAAGAAGAGGCAGACAAAGUCAUUGAACUUGGAUUGCCGACGCUAAACCGCUCGAUGGUGGAUUCCCAUAACUCAUCGCGUCAGAUGAGCCAGGUGCGCACAAGUCAUACAGCUUUCUUGCCUGACAGUUUUUUUACAAGAAAUUUUCGAAAGCGUUCAGCUUUUGUAGCUCGACUUCCAAGUCCAUCGUACGCUGAGCGAUUGCAGCUAGUACGAUACAAUGCCGGUGAGUUCUAUCGAAAACACCAUGACACAUUUUCAUCUCGCGAGAUUCUGCCGAAAAAGUCAGCGCACGUUUUUGGAUUAGAUGAAUACAUUAAGUGGGCCAAUUGGGCGUCUGGCAAAAUUCGUGAAUUGAGCUUGCAACGUGACAUUCCAGAAGACUUUCGUGAAGGAGGGCUACUCUUUCCGAAUGCCACAGACAAGCGAAACUUUCAAAUUGCUUUGGUAAAGCUCUUUUACACUGAAGCUAAUGCAACCAAUUUGUUUAAGACCUUAUCUGAUGAGGCAUGGCUUACUUGGCUAGAUGAAAACGCUAACAACAAUGCGACGGGAAUAAUUGAUGUUCUCCUUGCUGAAAAUGAAAAGCCACAUUAUUUACCACUCCUCGUCAGAGCUUGGGAAAAAGCGCUUGGGCUACCUGAUUUGCACUACACUUUUUCUAAGCCCGCGAUGAACUCGGUAUCGCACUAUUUCGCGUGGGUGCGCUGGGCAAAGGAGCGUAUCACUUUUCUGGGUGACGAAGUUCCGUUAAUGGCUCGCCCAGAGGGAGAUUUUUACCCGGAGUUCACGGUCGCCUUUCAAACAAAAUUGCUGGGGUUCGUGCUGGACGACCAUACUCCUGAAUUUGUCAGGCGUAUCACCAAUGCAGAAUGGUACGAUUAUAUGGUCAGGGACCGCAGCACAAACCAUUGUUUAAUUAACGUACUCAAGGCUUUUCCGCAAUUCGCCGAACUUGUGAUCAAGACUUGGGAAGCGCGCGUACGUGCACCCGCUCAGCUACGCUAUACGCUACCUACCUACAUCAAGCACUUCCACCCGCAGCGCUACGUUACGCUGUUUUUAUACCUGAACAAUCAGACCAAAAUUGGGGGUGAAACCGUGUUUCCACACUCUCUGGAUCGGUAUUCAGACAAAGAUAUUGUUCGUGAUGGGAUGGAUGAGUGUUCGUUGGGACUGGCAGUGCCUCCUCUUGGCUUGCACGCUUCACUUUUCUACGUCCAAACACCUGAAGGCGAUGAAGAUUUAUUCAGCUUACAUGGUGGAUGCCCACCGCAUGAAGGAACCAAAUGGGGCUCAAAUUCUUUCAUGUGGAACGCCGAUGCUGAUGAAUCCGGGAAUUUCUGGGCUACGAAGUAG